AUGGCGGGCGUCUGCAACCUUCCAGCCCGACAGCGCCUGGCCACCCGCGUGAUUGCGCGCGUAAAACAGGGCAAUGCGCCCUUGUUUCUGGUGCUGCUGGGCUGUGGCCUGGUCUGGGGCCUGUCGUUCCCGCUGAACAAAAUCGCCGUGUCCGAAGGCUACCGCGAUUUCGGGAUCAUCUUCUGGAACCAGUUCAUCUGUGCCACCCUUCUAUCGCUGAUCUGCUGGCAACGCGGCGUCUGGCCCGGGUUCAAACGUGACCAGAUCCGGCUGUAUCUGGCGGUGAUGCUGUGUGGCACGCUGUUGCCCAACUGGGCCUCUUACACGGCCUCCGUGUAUCUGCCUGCGGGCGUCGUGGCGCUGCUGAUUUCACUGGUGCCGAUGUUCGCCUUCCCCAUCGCACUGGCGUUUGGGUCUGAGAAAUUCAACUGGCGUCGCUUCGCCGGGCUGCUGACCGGCAUGGCUGCGGUUCUAUUGAUCGCAGGGCCAGAGGCCAGCCUGCCAGACCGCGCCAUGGUGGUCUUUGUACCGCUUGCGUUGAUUGCACCGUUUUUAUACGGGCUGGAAAGCAACCUUGUGGCGAAAUGGGGCGACACGGGCGAAGGUCCGGUGCGUGUUCUUCUGGGCGCAAGCAUUCUGGGCAGCAUCGCAAGCCUGCCCAUCGCAUUGAUGACCGGCACAUUCAUCCCCCCGCCCACCACCUGGACCGCCCCCGAUUUCGCCAUUGUCAUGGCCUCCCUGAUCAACGUGAUCGCGUACACGGGCUACGUCUGGCUGGUGGGCCGUGCCGGUGCGGUGUUCUCAGCCCAGGUCGCCUAUAUCGUCACGGCGUCCGGCCUGCUCUGGUCCAUGCUUUUGCUAUCCGAGAGCUAUUCCAGCUAUAUCUGGAUCGCCCUUGUUCUGAUGAUGGCAGGGCUGUUUCUGGUGCAGCCGAGGGGGAAUGCUUCAGCUGUUGGACAGUGA